AUGUCAGGGACCCUCAAUGUUGGUGGAGAGUCAAGGAGUGGUAGAGUUAUUGAUGUUGAUGCAAGAGAGGUGAAUGUCGGAGAGGCCAUGGGUGUCAGUAAAGUGAGGAUCCAAGUAGGCGAAGGCGGUUCUGCUGUUCGCGGAGGGCCCUUCUCGAGGGAGGAUGAGGCAAGCAAGGCGUUGAGCUCGGUGUUGUUGGGAGUGGUGUCGUCUGAAGCCGGGGUGAGCACAGAGGACUAG